AUGGAAACCACACCACCACUAUCUUGGAUGGUGCAUCCCAUAAAGGUCCAGCUUGUCCGCGGAGGGCGUGAGCAAUUUGUGGAAGGAAACUUAUAUACUGUAGAUCCGGUCACUGGAAGCUUGGUGUUGCUCCAAUUUCAGAACGAAAAGCCGUCAAAGCUUCUCUGGAUUCCUCGUGAAGGUUAUACGUCUGUUUCCAUUUUGGACGAGCCAUCUAAUUAUUGCCAACGGCACAGCGUAGAGUUGGCAGAUAUGAUGAGCCACAUGCUUGGUAUGCGACAGGUUGAAGAAUAUGAUGCUAAUGAAGUCGAGCAAAGUCGUGGCCGCCUCUUGUCCUGGCUCGAAGCAAAUCAUGUUGACGUUAAACAGUGCGAAGACGGAUCUCUUCUGAUCUUUGGAGCAGCUCCGUGUAAAAGCUCCGUAUCGACAAUAAUCGGAAUGGUGCUAAUUCUCGCAUUACUGACAACGGUAUUGGCCACAGAUCCGUUGAUAAAAGAUGAUAUUGCCGAGCACUUGAAAGGCCGAGCUUUGGUAGACUAUAUAAACAAACACCAGGACUUCUAUGAAGCGAAGUAUUGGGCAGGUGCAGAGGAGUUUACUGAGUCUCGGACUAUGGACUCCAAAUUCCUCAUAGAUCCUCCGGGUGAAAAGCUGCAGCGCAUAAGAAUUGCCAGCAACGAACCCAUUCCACAAAGUUUUGAUGCACGAGAAAAGUGGCCCAACUGCAGUUCGAUCAUUGGACGUAUUCGGGACCAGUCAAAAUGUAAAUCAGGCUGGGCUGUGGCAAACGCAGAAGUGAUGUCUGAUCGUUUGUGCAUUCAGACAGAAGCACGGAUAACUGUUCACAUUUCGGACACCGAUUUGCUGACUUGCUGUGGAGAAUACUGCGGCAACGGAUGCGAGGGCGGCUAUGCCUCUCGGGGAUGGUCCUACUUCACACAUACUGGUCUUGUCACGGGUGGUAGCUAUAGAAAGAGAAAUUGCUGCAAGCCUUAUGCAUUAUACCCUUGUGGACAACAUAGAAAUCAAACCUAUUAUGGAAGGUGUAGAAAAUUUGGAACACCAGCAUGUCGCAAAUUUUGCCAAGUCACCUACGACAAGGAAUACGAAGACGACAAGUUCUACGGAAAUCGCUCAUACUAUGUCACUGCAAAUGAAGCCGACAUCCAAAGGGAAAUAAUGACAAACGGACCAGUGAUUGCAACUAUGGACGUUUGGAGCGACUUUGAGUUUUACUCAAAAGGAGUCUUCAAGCACACUUGGGGUACUAAGGAGGAAAAAGCGCAUGCUGUGAAAAUUAUCGGAUGGGGUGAAGAGAGAGAAGGUAAAAAGUACUGGCUUGCUGCCAAUUCAUGGAACACUGAUUGGGGAGAAGAUGGUUUCUUUCGUAUACUCCGCGGCACAGACGAGUGCGGAAUUGAAGCACAUGUAAUUGGUGGAACCAUUAACCUUGCAAAAAUUACUGGUCUGAAAGGCUGAGAAGGAAAAUUCAAUAGAUCUUUAUAUAGUUUUACGC